AUGUCGUCCGUCGAGAAAAUGGAGCAUGACUCGGAUCGUGACUCGCCGAUUGAAGCAGUUGGCGAGAAGAACAUCAUGCCAGUCACUGUGGACGAUGUCGAUGAAAAGGUCCACGAUCUAUCGGAGAAACUCGUGGCUGGUGGUGAUGAAACGGCACCAAUUGAAGACAUCGAGUACGUGAUGGACAAGAUUACCACUUUGUCAGUGGAAGAGUGCAAAGAUAUCAUCAAAAAGCUCCUCAAGGACCAUGAGUAUGACUACAACUUCGGUACUGCCUUGCGGGAGAAGCUUUCUCGCCUGCUCGAGGGACCUUCUGAAGGGCAAGAUGCCGAGGAAUGGGAACUGCAGCUGAAGACUGAGACUGCGUUGAACCACUUUUACUCGCCAUACCCUGAGGUGCGAGCCGUUUCCACGCCUACAGAUGAUCCAGACAUUCCUUGCGAGACCAUCCGUGCUCACCUCCUCGGCUAUAUGUGGGCCGUUAUUGCUCAAUUCACCAACUCCCUUUUCAACUCUCGCUAUCCUACUAUUACGCUGUCAUCUGCUGUCGCGCAAAUCCUGCUUUAUCCAUGUGGUCUAAUCUGUGAAAAGAUUCUUCCGGACUGGGGUUUUAUGUUGGGUGGCAAGAGAGUUUCUCUCAAUCCUGGUCCCUGGUCGUACAAAGAACAGGUGCUUUCUACUAUCAUCAUCGAUGUUGGUCUGACUUCUGCCUAUUGCUUCUGGAACAUUCAGACCCAGACUGUCUACUAUCAGGACACAUGGCUUACUCCGGGAUACGAAAUUCUACUCUUGCUGUCAACCCAGCUUAUGGGACUCGGGUUUUCCGGACUGCUUCGCCGCUUCGUGGUUUACCCAAUGGAAGCUAUUUGGCCCAACAUCUUGCCCACUUUGGCCCUGAAUAGAGCGCUGCUGGUCCCCAAAAAGAAGGAUUCCAUUCACGGUUGGACUAUCUCGCGGUAUAAAUUUUUCUUCAUCGUCUUUGGCUCCAUGUUCGUCUACUUCUGGUUCCCGGACUUCAUUUUCCAAGCUCUGAGCUACUUCGGAUGGAUGACCUGGAUCGCACCAAACAACUUCAACCUGAACAUGAUCACGGGCUCUAUGAACGGCCUUGGAUUUAAUCCCAUUUCAUCAUUCGAUUGGAAUGUCAUUGCUGUGUACUCAUACCCACUUACCUACCCCUUCUUUUCAUACAGCCAGCAAUAUUUUGGCACAUUUUUGGGUGGUCUCAUCAUCGUCGCAUUGUACUGGUCUAACACCAACUGGUCAGCUUAUCUCCCACCAAAUUCGUCUGGUAUCUUCGACAACACUGGUGCCUCCUAUAACAUCACAAGAGUAAUCAAUGGCGCUACUGGAACUCUCAAUGAAUCAGCUUACCAGGCAUACUCUCCUGCGUUCUACAGCGCGGGAAACCUAUUGUUGUAUGGAGCAUUCUUUGCUUUCUACCCACUCACCAUGGUUUUCAUACUUCUGGAUUCAUGGAGACCCCUUCUCAAAGCUUACAAGUCCUCAGCAAAUGCUGCUGUUUCAUCCAUUAGAGGCACUAUUAUCGGUAUUAAAAACGCAACAAAAUCCCUUGCCAAGGGAAAUGUGCGCGAAGCAGGUCAACAUUUGUCCAAUGUCAUGAAUGAUGGCACCUCGAUUUAUGAUGGUUUUGAUGACCCAUUUACUAAGUUGAUGCGCAAUUAUCCCGAGGUUCCUGAUUGGUGGUUCUUAAUUAUCGCUCUGAUCGCUUUCAUUUUUGCCAUCAUUAUUACAACUAACUGGACUGAGCUUGGGACGCCUGUCUGGACUAUCUUUUUUGUCAUCGGUCUCAACUUGGUAUUCCUGAUCCCGAUGUCGUACCUCUACGCAAUCUCGGGUACAACGGAGGGUUUGAACGUCGUUACAGAGCUCAUCAUUGGAUAUGCUCUGCCUGGACACCCGGAGGCACUGAUGUUCGUGAAGGCUUUCGGAUACAACAUCAACGGUCAAGCGGAUAGCUACAUUUCUGACCAGAAGAUGGGUUUCUAUGCCAAGAUCCCUCCUCGAGCCAUGUACCGUGGUCAAGUGAUGAGCGCAAUCAUUACUGCCCUGGUCGCCUACGGUGUUGUGCAAUGGGUCGAUAACGAUAUCUCAGGCAUCUGUACCUCAGACCAGGCUUCUGAAUUCAACUGUGAAGAUGGCUCCGAAGUUUACUACUCAUCAUCGGUUAUCUGGGGUGCUAUCGGUCCAAAGAGAAUCUUCAACGAGUUCUACCCAGCUAUGAAAUGGUGUUUCCUGCUUGGAUUCCUUCUUGCGAUCGUUUGGUGGGUCGGUAAGCGAUUCGGAUCGAAGGUCCGGGAUGCGGCCAAGUCAACAUUGCCUGAGGGUAUUUUCAAGCCGCUCAAUGCCGUGAUCUUCACACCAAUUUCGUGGCUCAAGCACGUCCAUCCAUCACUCGUCUUCAACGGUUUCUUGUGGUGGGCCCCCAUCAACCUCACCUAUUUCACGGGUGGCCUCUACCUCUCUGGUAUUUUCAUGUACUACCUGAGGAGGUACAAGACUGCAUGGUGGGAAAAGUACAACUAUGUCCUCGCAGCGGGUCUUACUGGUGGUGUCGCAUUCUCCGGUAUUAUCAUCUUCUUUGCUGUACAGUAUCAUCCACAGUCAAUCAGCUGGUGGGGUAACAACGUGCUUGAUGCGACGAUCGACGGUGGUAUUGGCCAGCAGGCUUUGAUUACCGAAUUGCCUGCGAAGGGAUACUUCGGUCCCGACACGUGGAAUUAG